GUCACUACUUGCUUUGCAUCCCCAUAGACCAAUUGACAUAUCAAAAAAUGCCUGCUCCAUAGCUCUUACUCUUUCAGCGUAAAAUACUCAGCAUCACCGCCAUCACCACAUCCAGCAUGGCAUCCACCUCGGCCGCCUCAUCGACGUACGCCGACGCCAAAGUCUUAUUCGUCUCCAACAACUUGGGCGACUCACUGACGCGGGUAAACGCAAUCUCAUCGACGUCCAUUGCCACGUAUGCCCUCUACGCUGCGACUCUACGACUACUAGCUGCGCACGAGCGCUAUUCAGCUGGUAAUGGGGCCGGAGCAUCAGCACGCCGGCGCGACUACCUGUCACCGAUCCCUACCCGGCUGUCCGCGGCCCUCCACUCCCUCACCCACCUCUACAGGCAAGCCCAGGAUCGAUCCUCUUCCUCAUCUUCACCUUCAGUCAGGCAAGCCCGCUUCACAGUCGUUGCCAUCGAGUUUGGCACAACCGUCGUGCCACUCCUCCUCAGCAUCACUGUCUCCUCAAGCACGGGCGCUGCGCUCACCCUCUCAGCCCUCAUCUGUGCCUUGGCUGCGGGACUCUAUCGUCAGGCUCGAAUACUGGAGCAGGCAGCAUUGUCGAUAGCUCGUGGGAGAGCUGUCGAUGGUAAGGGAAAGCAGGCUGCAGCAUCGGAUAAUGAAGACGAUGAGGACGAAGCGAGCGCCCUGUACAGUCAAUCGAGCUACGAUGUGCGCCCAGACUCCAAGCAGAGACGGCGAAUCGCAAGGCAGACAGGAUCAGAUGACGACACCAUAGGAGAUGCCAUCCCAUUGGAAAGCGCAGUAGCUCGUAGACGCAAGCGCCAAGCGCGCUCACACUGGGAGUCAGACGACGAAGAGCGAGAGUUGGAGGAGAUUGAGCGGAGAGAGGCGAGGCGUGCUGCUGCCAAGCCAAGACCGCGAAUCCAAAGCGAUGUUGAUGGCGAAGAGAACGGAGGGAUCCGCGUAUCGAUAGAAUCAGCCGCAGACCAAGCACAUGGCGAAGCUCACCCGCCAGAAGCGUGGGUCGACCCCUCUGCACGACAAGGAGAAGGGAGCCGCACCGGCAGUCCUGUCUCAAUGAGUCGAUCAGGCAGCUCAUCACGACGAGGCCUCGGUCUAGGUCUCGGUCUGGGUCUCACUCCACCAAUGCGACUUCCCUCGACAACCUCUUCCCCAGCCCCCCGCAGUCACGCGCACGACCCCUUUCUCACCGUAUAUCGCGCGCACAUGAUGCUCAUCACUUGCGCUUGCAUCCUUGCGGUGGAUUUCCCCCUCUUCCCUCGCGCGCUAGGGAAGUGCGAGACGUGGGGCGCCAGUUUGAUGGAUCUGGGAGUGGGCAGCUUUGUCUUCUCGCUGGGGCUGGUGGGAGCGGGAGCUCAGCUCAAGGCGCUGGAUUCACCGUCGACCAAUUCGGCCUUGCGUACUCUUUUGGAGGGGCUGCGCAAGGAUAUGGGAAAGUGCUUGCCGUUGCUCGCUCUAGGCCUCAUUCGAGCAGUCAGCGUCCGCCUCACGGCUUACCCUGAGCACAUCACCGAGUACGGAGCGCAUUGGAGCUUCUUUCUCACCCUCUCCGCGCUUCCACCACUCAAGACGCUCGUCGCAUUUGUGAGGGAGAUGGGCUUCGCGGGCAAGGGCAGGUGGAGCACCUGGGGAUUGGGGAUAGCCGCGAUGCAUCAAGUCGCACUGAGGUGGGGUGGGAUGCAGAGGUACGUGCUCGACGAGAAGGUGGACAGGCAGGCGUCGUUGUUCGCGGCCAACAGGGAAGGGAUUUGCUCCUUACCUGGCUACUUGGCCAUCAUGCUCCUCGCGACGGAUAUGGGGCUUUACGUCCUGCCGAAGGUGGAUCCGUAUCAGGCCUUCAGGAGGGUCAAAAUGAACGGUGAUAGGCGAGAAGGGAGCGAUGAGGAAGGCGAAGACGAUGCAGAGCCAAAGGAACCAGUCAUCGCGGCACCAUCGCACGGCCACACGCGCACAGGCAGCGACGGUCGCAUCGACAUCAAGGCUGCUUUGACGAGCGCGCGUCGCACUCAGCUCAAGCGUCUCAGCAGCCUUUGCGCCAUCCUGAGCUCGUGGGCCAUCAUAUACUGGGUCGUGCUCGCGCUCAGCGCCUGGGCCUUGUCAUUCCUUCUGCAGGAUGGUUAUCGGCGAGCGGAGCCGGGCAUUGCGGUGGUGGGGGCGACGAACACGCUCACUCGUGUCGUCAGUCGACGAUUGGCCAACGCGCCGUACGUGCUGUGGGUCGCAGCGUUCAAUGCGAGCUUUCUUGCCGCGUAUGCCUGUGUCUAUCGGGCUCUGCUGCUCGACGUUGAGUAUGCGACGCCGCAAUCGCAGCGGGGACGCUCCGGGAGACAGUCAAGCGCCGAUGGCGACGCCGGGGACGGGCUGGCCGCAUCACCUUCAAGCUCCUCCUUCGACUCGCCCUACACCAGCAGCAAUGGCACCACCUCCUUGGACGUCGCCCUCCCUCGACCGCUACCAACCACUCCACUCCUGCUCUCAACCCUCAAUACCCACUCGCUACGCGCUUUCCUGGUCGCCAACCUGCUCACCGGGCUGGUCAACCUGUCUAUGCAGACGAUGCAUGCUUCGAGCUUCGUCGGCGCGGUGGUGAUGGUGCUUUACCUGGGAGCGGUAGUAGUGACUUGCGUGGGGUUGGAAGAGAUGGGAGGGCAGAGGGGCAAUGCAGAUCAAGGCUUGCUGGGCAAGGUGGUGGGUGUGGUGGCUGGGAGGGGAGGUCGAUGAAGAAAUCAAAUUGGGCACACUGUGGCCCCGCCCUUUCCAUUAUCAUUGCCAGGUGCGACCCAUCAACGAGCCCAAGACCAACCCAUUGUACACAUCUCGGACGAGAGG